GUCUACUCGACUUGAUGCUAAAGACAAUGGCCUGGAGAUAUAAAAGAGUGAUGUAACAUGUUUCCAGUCAAGGGAUUAGCCAGAUUGCCGGCGCUGUCGUUGCUGCUGCUGCUGCUACUUGCAAGGCAACUUCACGCAGAGCAGGCAGUGCUGCGAUUCGAUUGGGAUCAAGAAAUACUGAAUCUCGGCCUACAUGAUGAUAACUCGACAGAACAAGCAAAUGAUGGAUGCAUAAAAGCGUGCCAUCUUCUCCAACGACUGCUCCCAGUAACAACAGACAGCGCACGAACAACAGCCUACGCCAAGGAAGAAUACUGGUCGAGUCGACAAGCAGAAGUAACACCACAAUGUUUCGUCCAGCCAACGACCGCGGAGGAGGUAGCAAGCAUCGUUUCACUGGUCAGCAAAACGAAGUGCCGCUUCGCAGUCAAGAGCGGCGGGCACGGCGCAUUCGCAGGGGCAUCCAGCAUCGAAGCGGGCCUCACAAUCGAUCUGCAACUCCUCAACGAGCUCUCUUUGGAAGACGCAGAGCAGCCAACAGUCACCCGCGUCGGACCUGGGAAUCGAUGGAUCGAUGUCUACGACUACCUCACGCCGCGAAACCUCUCGGUCCUUGGCGGCAGGGUUGCGGAAGUGGGCGUAGGCGGUUUCACGCUGGGAGGCGGCAUCUCAUUCUUUUCGCCCAAGUAUGGAUGGGCGUUGGAUGGGGUGCGGAAUUACGAGCUGGUAACACCCGAUGCACGGAUUCUUCAAGUCAAUCGAGACUCGUAUCCCGACCUGUACUGGGCCCUCCGCGGCGGCGGUAAAAACUUCGGAAUCGUCACUCGAUUCGACUUGGAAACCUUCCCCCAGGGGCCGAUGUGGGGUGGCGUCACGUACAGCGAUGUGCAGCAUACCGAAGAGGUCAUCGAUGCGUUUGAGAAGUUCGCUUUCAACGCUCCGCAGGAUUUGGAUGCUCAUGCUUACAUCUUCCUCGACUUUACGGACGAUAUCGACCGGCUGAGAGCGGGAUCUGUGCUUGCAUAUGCACGGGCUGUUGAAUAUCCGGAAGCAUUAGGGAACUUCACAAAGAUCCCUACCGUUCGCUCCACGCUCAGGUCCACUGACGUUGCGGACCUGGCUCGUGAGAUAAGUGCGUUGAAUCCGACCAACAUGAGAUGGUCGUACUCGACAGCCACAUUUGUAGUGAGCAAAGAGAUGCUACGUGCAUGCGUGGACAUCUUCAUCGAGGAGGCCGAAACCAUCAAGCACCGCGAAGGCGUAGUGCCCGUCCUCGUUCUGCAGCUCAUCACCAAAGACGUUAUAUCUCGCUUCUCGAGAAACGGCGGGAAUUGCUUAGGAAUAGAAGAUGGCGAAGGGCCCUUGCUGCUGCUCAACUUCCCUGUGAAAUGGACACGGGCUGAGGACGAUGCUGCAGUCCUAGGAGCCGCAAAGCGCAUCCGGGAUCGAACGACGCAGAGAGCCCGGAAGCUGGGCUUGUACCAUCGCUAUCUGUACCAAAACUACGCAGAUGGCGAGCAAGAAGUGUUUGCGAGCUAUGGCGAAGAAAAUCUGAAGAAGCUGCGAGAUAUCAGUAGGAAGUAUGACCCGGCUCAGGUCUUCCAGAAGCUUCAGCCUGGAUACUUCAAGUUAUAGGGACUGCAGAUAUCAUCUCCAUCGAAUCGCAUGCGUACAUUCUUAAUCUCAGCCGUGGGAGUCGAGUCACGAUCUGUUGUCUGUGCCAAGUCAGUCACUGUUCAAACCCGGACUGAUAGCAAGCAAUAAGGCAAAGAAGCCGGAUCAGAAGUCCAUUUAGAUCAUCGAGACCGAAGUCUCUGACAUAAGAGGUACCAGAAUAAUAAAAUAAGUAGGAAAAUCAUCAUGUUAGAACAGCGUAAGAAAAGAAGAUGCAAACUCACCAGAGAUGU